GAUUGGACCGCCUCGGUUGGGGAGGGGGAGUUUCAAUCGCGAAAUGCCCCUUUGGCCAGUCCAGUCCGAAUCAGCGUCCGCCUCUUGUCCCUUCGGAAAAUGGGCCUAGAUUCCAUCCCCAAAGACAUAAAAGACACAGGCGACCCAGAAACGGCCCCAAGAAAACACAACCCCAUCAAGAACGCUCACCAACUAUUUCUCUCUUAUUUUUUUCCGCAUACUUUACAACCUCUCUUUACCUCAAUUUGUUUUUCUAUCAUCUACGCACUUAAUUUCCAACCAUGGGCAAGGGACAGCGUGCCGCAACGGCCUACAAGAGCACCGAGUACAUCUCGCAGCAGCGGGACGAGGACGGGCUGAUUACGCACCCGUUCACGGCCGCACCCACGUCGAGCUCCUCGCUGCUGGGCGACAAGAAGCCGACGUUCACCCUGGUGACGACGUACCUGAGCUACCUGAUGCUGAUAGUGUUUGCGCAUAUCCGCGACUUCUUUGGCAAGAUCUUCUACCCGGGCCAGUACGUGCAGCUGCGAGAGCAGAACGGGUUUGCGCCGAUGGUGUCUGAUUUCGAGAGCCUGUGGAGCCGGCGGCUGUACGGGCGGAUCCGCGACUGCUUCAACCGGCCGAUUACGGGCGUGGCUGGGGGCCAUGUGGCGCUGCUGGAGAGGUUUUCGCGCGACUUUAACCGUACCUUUGAGUUCACCGGGCGUCUGCGCAAUGUGCUGAACCUGGCGUCGUACAACUACCUGGGAUUUGCGCAGAGCGAGGGCCCCUGUGCUGAUACCGUCGAGCAGGCGAUGCGCGAGCACGGGCUGACGCAGGGGUCGUCGCGGGCCGAGGCUGGCCGCACGCAGCUGCUGGUGGAGGCCGAGGAGACUGUGGCGCGGUUUGUGGGCGCCGAGUCGGCGCUGAUUGUGUCGAUGGGCUACGCGACCAAUGCGUUGAGCAUCCCGGCGCUGGUGGGCAAGGGCAGUCUGAUUGUGUCGGACGAGCUGAACCACAGCUCGCUGGUGUCGGGAGCGCGGCUGUCGGGAGCAGCAAUCCGGGUGUUCCGGCAUAACAGCACCCGCGACCUGGAGAAGGUCCUGCGCAAGAGCAUCUCGCAGGGCCAGCCACGCACGCACCGGCCGUGGCGCAAGAUCCUGGUGGUGAUCGAGGGCCUGUAUUCGAUGGAGGGCGAGUUCUGCAAGCUGCCCGAGGUCCUGGAGCUGCGCCGCAAGUACGGGUUCUACCUGUUCGUCGACGAGGCCCAUUCGAUUGGCGCUCUGGGUCCGCGCGGCCGCGGUGUCUGCGACCAUUUCGGCGUCGACCCGCGCGAGGUCGAUGUGCUUAUGGGCACCUUCACCAAGAGCUUUGGUGCUGCCGGCGGGUAUAUUGCUGGGUCGCGGCAGCUGAUCGACUACCUGCGCCUGCAUUCGCAUUCGGCCGUGUACGCCGAGGCCAUGAGUGUGCCGGUGUUGGCGCAGGUUCUGUCGUCGAUGCGCAUGAUCAUGGGCGAGGACCGCGAGCACGCGCUGGAGGGCCAGCAGAGGCUGGACCAGCUGGCGAUCAACUCGCGGUACUUUGCGCGGCGCCUGGUGGAGCUGGGCUUCAUGACCAUGGGCGACAAGGGCAGCCCUGUGAUCCCCCUGCUGCUGUUCAACCCGGCCAAGAUCCCGGCCUUCUCGCGCGAGUGCCUGGAGCGCAAUAUCGCCGUGGUGGUUGUGUCGUACCCGGCCACGCCGAUUAUCACCGGUCGCGUGCGCUUCUGCAUCUCGGCCUCGCAUACCCGCGAGGACCUCGACUUUGCGCUCAAGCAGAUUGACGAGAUUGGCGACUUGCUGGAGCUCAAGAUGGUCAAGGGCAACGACGCGCAUAUGCAGGCUGCCCUCAAGAAGCUGGAGUAAUAGCUGCUCAUAUUUAUUGCCUGUGGGUUUCCGUUACCUGCAUCCCUUCCCCCCGACUCUAUACUUAAUCUAUCUCUUUUCUCUCUUUAUAAACAAAUUCCAUUGGCAUGACUACGAGUCCGUGCUGUACAAAUGCUGCAUGUAUAGUGUGCUUGUUGCCAGUCACCAUCACAUCAGCCAACUCAGUAUCAAACCUACCCUGCAUUCCUG